GGAGAACAAAAGAAGCACAUGGAAAAUAUACUCAAAUGAGCGAAGAGUACCAAACACAGCUAGGACAAACAGGGUCAUCGUCUUCAAUAAAUGAGAUUGAUAUUAUGCACCGGAACUUGAGAAGAUAUCGCGGACGCCAAAGCGGAGUGGGUCCUACCCUAUCAAAGGGUGCAUCUCGACGAGUGGAAGAUGGCGCUACUUCAACAUUCCAAGACCACCGGGAUGUUCAAAUAAGUGAAUUGAAGGCAAAUCAAGAGUUGAUGCAAGCAAAUCAGGAGUUGAUGCUUCAUGACCUACAACAAUUUAUUCCUGGCCUUAAACUUCCUUCACGCAGCUCCGCAAAUGAUGUUCCUUUGACAUCAAG